AUGGCGGACGUUAUAAUGGCGGACGCUGUUAUCGAAGAGCGAGAAAGGGACGAAAUAUUUUCAAGGCCGUUUCACGAGGCGUAUCUGACGAAUAAAGUUGUUUGUCCGAUGGCUGAAUGCCUGGAAAACUUUCGUUUUUUUAAAGAAAGUGGACUUGCGCAUCAUUUCCGCACUGUUCACAACCGACAGAUGGUGCCGCAAGAUACGAAGAAUUCAGCUUUGGCCAUGAAACGUAUGUUUGGCGAAGAAACUUUAAGAUUUAUUAAAUAUAUCUCUUUUUAA